UAUUCAUUCAAAAAGUAUAAUUUUGUGUAGUACUAGAGAUCUUUAUUCUAAUAUAGCUCAAUGGCUGAAAAAAUUACCUCAAAAAGUACACAUGGCCAAAAUAUUGUGCAAGAAGAAACCAGGGGCGGAGCUACAGACGAAGGGUGGUCAGUUGGCCAAAAUGGUCCGAAAGACGACGAGAAAGGAGCUAUAGUUGACGAAGGGGGGUCAGUCGGCCAAAAUAUUGCGCAAGAUGUCGGUGGUAAAGGAGGGUCAGUUGAACACCCUUUGCCAAAAAAUCACACUAUAGUGAAACUCCUGACUCCACCAAUGCUAGACAAUGCUCGGGUAGCUAUGCAAGACAACGUCAAUGGCGAAGUUACAACCAACGUCGAAGGAGGAGGAUCAGUUGGACACCCUUUGCCAGAAAAUCACACUAUAGCGAAAUUCCUGAUUCCACCACUGCAAGACGACGCCCGGGUGGCUGUGGUCAUGGUGCCACUUCCAGCACAAGGCCAUCUCAACCAACUCCUCCAUCUCUCUAGGCUCAUUUCCAUGUACAAUAUUCAAGUCCAUUACAUUGGAAUCACAUCACACAUUCAACAAGCGAAAAUUAGAGCUCAUGGCUUUGAUCCACUCACUAUAACAAAAAUUCAUUUCCAUGAAUUUCAUCAAACACCUUCUUUUGAAACUCCCCUGCCUAAUCCUAAUGCUUCUUUCAAAUUUCCAAACCAGUUAAUGCCUUCAUUUUACGCCACAUUCCAUCUCCGCGAGCCAGUUUGCUCGCUAGUACAUGAACUUCUAAGCGCGAAUCAUCGCAAAGUUGUUGUCAUUUAUGACAGUUUGAUGAAAUUUGUAGUUCAAGAUUUGCCACUAAUACCAAACAUAGAGUGCUACUGUUUCAAUAGUACUUCAGCUUUUAUGUCAUAUUCAUACUAUUGGGAACUCAAAGGAAAGCCUUUCCAUCCCGGAACUGAAAAUUACGAGGAUAUUCCAACAGUUGGAGAUUCUUUUCCUCCAGAGUUUUGGGAAUUUUUGAAGAUACAAGAACAAUUUGAUGGGAAGAACCAUAUUAGUGGUGAACUUUACAAUUCAUCAAGAGUGAUUGAAAGUUUGUACCUUGAUUUAAUGGCCAAAGAAUAUGAUGGUAUGAAGCAAUGGGCUAUAGGUCCAUUCAACCCCAUGGAGUCACAAGAGAAGAGAAAAGACUCGAACAAACGCCACGAGUCCCUUGAUUGGCUUGACAAACAAGAGCGCGACUCAGUUAUUUUCGUGUCAUUUGGCACGACUACUUCGUUGUGUGAUGAAGAAAUCAAAGUGCUCGCGAUUGGACUAGAGAAGAGUUGCCAGAAGUUUGUUUGGGUGCUCCGAGAUGCUGACAAAGGAGAUGUUUUUACAAGUGAAGUUAGAAAAGCACAAUUGCCUGAAGGAUAUGAAGAGAGAAUAAAAGAAAGAGGGAUUAUAGUAAGAGAUUGGGCACCACAAUUGGAAAUUUUAGCGCAUAGUUCAACUGGCGGUUUUAUGAGUCAUUGCGGAUGGAAUUCGUGUAUGGAGAGUAUGUCCUUUGGAGUUCCUAUAGCAGCAUGGCCAAUGCAUUCAGAUCAGCCAAGGAAUUCUCAACUUGUAACAAAGUACUUGAAAAUUGGACUAAUUGUUAGGCCAUGGGCGCGUCGUGAUGAAGUUGUUACAUCAGAGAUAGUUGAAAAUGCUGUGAAAACAUUGAUGGCUUCAUCAGAGGGAGAUGAGAUGAGGAAAAGAGCUGCAGAUUUGAGCAAUGCUAUCAAAAAGUCGACGGAUGGGGGCAUAAACCGCGCUGAGAUGGAUUCUUUCAUCGCACACAUUUCUCGUUGAAAUCCGAUAUAUGAUUGUCCAGGAGUCUGUGAAAUUCAUAGAAGGUUGAUAUAUUUCCAAUUUACAUAUUAUAAUGGUAAUGGAAAUCGCGCUUCUAUGCAUGUAAUACUAUAGCUAUUUCUAUGUAAUUCUUGUAGUCUCUUCUUUUUCAGUCACACAUAAAUAAAACACAAGUUAUCCCUA